AUGCCACCAGCAAUGCCACCAUCGGUGCCACCAUCAGUGCCACCAGCAAUGCCACCAGCGGUGCCACCAUCGGUGCCACCAUCGGUGCCACCAUCGGUGCCACCGGCGGCCGGGCCGCCCGCGCAGGGCCCCGGGGACAGCGGGUGGCCCGGCGCGGGCGCGGGGCUACGGGCGGCCCUGCGGGCGGGCAGUGCCCGCUGGCGGCUGCGGGACUUCGCCGGCGCCGCCGCCGAGUUCUCCGCGGCCCUGGAGUUUCAGGCGUUGAUUCAAGAAGCCCUGGCCGGAGAAGCGUCUUUCUGCGCUCUGUACACGCCUUUCGAGCGAGGCAGCAAGGCGCGCACGCUGCAGGAGGCCAGCGGGACCUUUGCCGAGCGGCACCCCGGCUACGCGCGGCACGUUUUCACAGAUCCGCACGGAAUCCACCUGCUGCCAGAGGAGGCUGAAGAAUCUCGCCCUGGCCAGCAGUACUUACUGACUCUGGGCUUCAGAAACAGAGACAUCGGGAAAAUCGUGGAGAAGUUUGUGACCCAAAGCCUGCCGAUCCAUCCAGGCCAGAGGAUAACUUUGAGCUCCAGCACGGAGGAAGAACCGGGAGCGUUCUGGCGGAACGCCGGGAGAAGCAUCACGGCCGCCGUGGCUUUUGUGGGAAGCUCCAAGAUAAAGGACGAGCGCGGCCCCUGCGCCCGCGCCAUCGAGCAGCUCCACCGCGCCAACCUGCUCCGCCACCUGCGCAGGGCGGAGGAGCACGCCCAGCUGGUGGCCCAGGCCGUGGCCGAGCUGGCCACCGUGCCCUACCUGCAGAGACUCUCCCGGCACGAUGACCAGCUGCGGCAGUCCCUGAUGGCAGAUGCCUUGGACAUCCUGGCAGGAAGACCUGGAGAGCGUGUGUGGACCAAAAUACAGAAGGUGGCGCUGAUUGAGGAGUACCUGCGGGAGGCAGAGGGGAGCCCAGGCGUGGCCGGGCCGGGCUGGGCUCCGGGCCACCACCAGGUCCUGAGGCUGGAGAACAUCAACGUGCUCGUCCCCGACCCGCGGAGCUUGGCCACGGGCCCCCGGAGGAGCCGCGUCCUCCUGGCCACGACCUGACCAAUAAUCCAGAUCUCAA